AUGGUUAAUGUUGCUGAUGAUUCUGCACCUGCUAGUUCCUCUGCUAAUUUCAUACCUGACCCUUCGAGCCCCUUGUUUCUCCUGUCUUCUGAUGUUCCGGGAGUUUCCUUGGUUAGUAAUCCUUUUUCUGGGACUGGUUUUGGGGGAUGGAGACGAAAUAUGAUUGUCUCCCUAUCUGCUAGGAAUAACAUAGGGUUUAUUGAUGGAACAGUUCUUAAACCUCCGGAAAAUUCCCCUCAAUUUAGGCAGUGGGAUAGGUGUAACAAUAUGGUCAUAUCUUGGCUGACCAAUUCCCUUACACCAGACAUAGCUGAAAGUGUCCAGUACUCUGACACUGCCCAAACAUCUUACUUCAACAAGCUAAAGAGAUUGUGGGAUGAAUUGGGUUUCAUGCGUGCAUCUCGUGGUAGUUCUUGUACAUGUACUGCCAAAUCUGAGCUCCAAAGAGAAGAUGAUGAGAACAAGUUGCAUCAAUUUCUCAUGGGGCUUAAUGACACCUAUGUUGGAGUUAGGAGUAAUCUGCUCAUGAUGCAGCCUCCUCCAUCCCUAGACACUGCCUACAACAUCUUGCUUCAGGAUAAGAGACAAAGACAAGUCUCCUCACCAUCCCAAUUCCGUACUGAUUCAGCCUCUUUCAAUGCCCAUCUCACUAACAAGUUCUCAGGGACACCUGCCCCUCCUAUACAGUUCAAUCAAAAAAUCAACUUUGAUCUCAGCAAGUCAAAUAUAGUGUGUAGGUAUUGCAAGAAACCUGGCCAUUUGGUUGACAAAUGUUAUAAGCUCCAUGGGUUCCCACCAGGUUUCAAAUUUACAAAGGGUAAGAGGAUUGCUGCAAAUGUUGAGGUGCAGGGUUAUCCAAAUUCUGUUGGUUCUCAAAAUACUGUUGAGAGUUCUCAAGGACCUUCUGAGUCAGAGUCUUUGAUUCCUGGGUUAACCAAGGAUCAAUAUUCACAACUUAUGAUGCUACUUCAACAGACACAAAUUUCAGAGUCACAGCCCCAGUCCAGCCUCUUGGCAUCUGCCAACUUUGCUGAUUCUGGGGCCACUGACCACAUGACCUCCAAUAAAGACCUUCUAUUUGACAUUAAGCCAUUAAUCAUACCAUACUUAGUUACUUUGCCAAAUGGUUAUAAGGUCAAGGCCCCUUCACUGAAGAGGCCACUGGAAAUUGGUAAAUUGGAUGAUGGUCUUUACAGGCUUGUUCACUCCUCUCCUUCUCUUCAAUCUCAUGCAACAGCAUGUCAGUCUAGUUCUAUAACUGCCCCUUUACUUGUUGAAAAUGUUCCUUGUAAAUACCAUUCUCCAUUAGCUACUGAUUCUGUUUCUUGUUCUCAUUCCAGGCAACCUAGGUUACUUUUUCCUGAUAGUUCUAUUAAAACUACACAUGCUUUUCAACUCAUACAUGUGGAUACCUGGGGUCCUUAUGGUACUCCUAUUCAUAAUGGGUGUAAAUAUUUCCUAACAAUAGUUGAUGACUUCACUAGAGCUACUUGGACUCACCUUACGGGGUCCAAGAGCAAUGCAUUUCCCCUUAUCAAAGCUUUUAUUGCCAUGAUCAAAACACAAUUCCAAUCUAUUGUACAAACCAUUAGAAGUGGCAAUGCAUUUGAGCUUGGGUCUAGCAGUUGUGGCAGUAACUUCUUUGCUGAAAAUGGAAUAAUUCACCAAACCUCUUGUUCUCACACACCACAACAAAAUGGUGUGGUUGAGAGAAAGCAUAGAUAUCUGGAUAAAUUUCAACCCAGAGCUGAUCCUUGUGUCUUUCUGGGAUAUCUAUUGGCUAAGAAGGGUUACAAGUUAUACAACUUGAAAAAUAAGCUUACCCUAAUAUCCAGGGAUGUAGUCUUCCAUGAAGAUGUCUUUCCCUUUGCUUCUUCUAUGUCCAUUCCCAAUGCUCCUUCUCUUCCUCUUAACCCCUCUACUAGUUGGAGUUUCCCUACUGAUGAUUCCUUGCAUGAUACCUCUUCAACUUCUGUAACUCCUGCUUUCUCUUCACCAUCUCCUUCUCUUUUUCAUCAACAGUCUCCCUCUCCACCAUCUGCUUCUCCUUCACAGCACCAAUCUCCUUCUUUGCCAACACAACCUGCUCCCAGGAGGUCCAGCAGGACUCAUGUUCCUCCUGCUCAUCUACAACAUUAUGUUUGUAGCCUUCCUCCAUCUCUUACUGGCCCCAGUUCUUCUUCUGCUUGUCUUCAUAGUUUAGUUAACAAUGCUGAGGUAGAGCCUGCCUCAUAUCAGCAAGCUGCCUCUCUUCCUGCAUGGCAGGAGGCCAUGAGGAAGGAGUUUGAAGCCUUAGAAGCCAAUCAUACUUGGUCUAUAGUUCAGCUACCUCCAGGUAAGAAACCCAUUGGUUGCAAAUGGGUUUAUAAGAUCAAGUAUAGGGCUAACGGGACUGUGGAAAGAUAUAAGGCUCGAUUGGUUGUUAGGGGUGACACCCAAGUUGAGGGUGUGGAUUUUACUGAAACCUUCUCCCCUUUUGUCAAAUUUUCAACAAUCAAGUGCCUUGUUGCUGUAGUUGUCAAACAAAAUUGGCCUCUUUUUCAACUUGAUGUCAACAAUGCUUUUUUGCAUGGUGAUUUAGAUGAAGAGGUUUAUAUGAAGUUGCCCCCUGGGUUGUCAGCCACCCCUUUAUCUGGUUGUGCUUCAUCUUCUUCUCCUUUGGUUUGCCUUCUUCAGAAUUCCUUAUAUGGUUUGAGACAGGCUUCUAGGCAGUCUGCUUCUUCUAUUAUCUUGUUGGUUGUAUAUGUUGAUGAUAUUAUUCUUACUGGUAAUGAUUUGGAAGAAAUUACUGCUUUAAAGAGUUUUCUAGAUAAUGAGUUUAAGAUCAAAGACUUGGGGGUUCUCAAUUACUUUCUUGGAAUUGAAGUUGCUUACCACUCUGAUGGCCUACUCCUUCAUCAGAGAAAAUUUAUUAAAGACCUUCUCAAGGAGUACCAUUGUGAGGAUGUUACUCCUGUUACUUGUCCUCUAAUCCUCUCUGUCAAGCUCAAGAUAGAUAUGGGUGAUCCUCUUCCUUCUCCUGAAACCUAUAGGAGUCUGGGAAGUGUGGGUGCCAAGAAUCCUGUGUUUCAUGAGCGGACCAAACACAUUGAGGUGGAUUGCCAUUUCAUUAGGACAAAGCUUCAUGAGGGUCCUUAUUCCUUGCAUCAUGUUCCUACUGCUUUUUUCGAGCUAUGCAGAUGUCUUUACUAA